CAGAUGGCGGAACGGCAGGGCCAGCUUCAGCAGACCCAAAGCGAGGUGCUCACAGAGCUGGCCCAGUCCUUGGCGGCCGAUCGGGCCGUCUUACGGGAGCUCCUCGCCUCCGGGGGACGCGGCGAGGGACCCAGGGGAGCAGGACCCGUGGCCAACAUCCACGUCCCGAAGAUGGGGGAGGCGGACGAUGCAGAGGCCUUCCUGGAGACUUUUCAGGGGGUGGCCGAGGUCUCCGGGUGGCCUCGUCAGGAGUGGGCUCAUCGUCUCCUGCCGCUCCUGACGGGGGAGGCCCAGCUUGCGGCCCACAGUCUGCCGGCCGGGGCCCAGCGGGACUAUGGGACCAUCGCCAGGGCCAUCCGGGACCGGCUUGGCCUUUACCCGGAAGAACAUCGUCGCCGGUUCCGGACGCUGGCGUUCACUGAGGGGGACCGUCCCUUCGCCUUUGCCCAGCAGCUGCGGGACCAGGCGAGGAGGUGGCUGGUUCCAGACCAGAACUCGGCGGAGGACGUGGUGGAGCAGGUGGCCCUGGAGAAGUUUGUUGAGGGGCUUCCGGCCAGGACCUCCGCCUGGGUCCGGUACCACCGGCCCGAGAGCCUCUCCGCUGCAGUCGACCUGGCGGAGAGCCACCUGCUGCCCCACCAACGGCCCAGCGACCACCAACACCGGUCCCACGCACCGGUGCAGCUGCCCUACGACGGGACAGGCCAAGCCCGGCGCCGAGGGCAAGAGGGGGGGUCCCCGUUCCGGAGCGGGCACGUGAAUCACCUCCCACCCCCACUCCACAGACGGGCACUCAAACGGCAGGGGAGGGGUGCUGGAGGUGCGGGCGGCCUGGUCACUUCCGGCGGGAUUGCCCUCUAAUGGAGGUGGGCCAGGUCGUCCGCGUCACCGGUGCCCCGUCUCCUCCCCACGGUCCCGGCGAGGCGUACCGUAUCCCGGUGAGGAUACAGCGGGGUACGCACCAGGCGCUGUUGGACUCGGGCUGCAUGCAGACCAUGAUCCACCAGCGUCUGGUGCGGUCCGAGGCAUUGGUGGAGGCGUCGAGCGUUUUGACGGACGCGUCGGAUAGGGGGUUGGGCGCGGUCCUGACCCAGCAGGUGGAGGGGGUCGACCGCCCGGUGCUGUACCUGAGCCGGAAGUUAUCAGACCGGGAGGGUCGGUACAGCACGGUGGAGAAGGAGUGCCUCGCCAUCCGGUGGGCGGUCGGCGCCCUCCGCUACUACCUGCUGGGGCGCACGUUCACCCUCUAC